AUGAUCUAUCAUUACUUGGCUCACUCCGGUUAUAGAGCAGCAGCUGAAAUGAUGCAGGCGGAAUGCUAUGAGACGUUCCUGUCACGUGGCUUUCUCGAGGAGAAUGUUGUUUCCUACGAAGACGAAGCUGUCGGGAAAAGCUUGGAGAAGUUCAAGCUAAAGAGUGGAGCAACCCUGAAAAGGCCUGCCAUAAUCAGAAAUGGAAACACUAAGGCGCCGAAUAUCCCUAUGAAGCCCGAUCCAGAGUUUGAAGAUACAAAGAACAAAUUACGAGACACAAUUCAAGCCAUGGCAGAUGAGUCAGCAAAGAAGCAUAAGGAAAUGAUGCAGAUGGAAGAAACCGUGGAAGAGGAUGUUGACGACGAAGAUGAAGAGGAAUCGUCAAGUGAAGAGAAGUCUUCGCAGUCUUCAACAAGCACAGCCGAGUCCGAGGUAGAAAUGGUCACAUCAAACUGGACGAGGCGCUUAUGGGGUCCUAAUGCUCAUCAGCUAUCGACGGAUACCAUUAUAGCGACAGCACCACCGCCACCGACAAGGCCAUCACACUUGCCACCACUGGUCGGUGUCCGUCCGAAGCCUCAGCUCACUUCCAUUCGAUCCAUCGACUUCGAUAUACCUCAACUCGAAAAAAGCCCCUCAAGUCAGUCUGUUGAAACACCUCGUGCUUCACCCAGUCCUGCAGCGAAGGAGGAUGUUACUCCGUCGAAGCCAUCUGCUGAUGAACCUAUAGCUUCUCCAAAAGAAGGUAACUUCACCUGA